UGACUUAUGACUUAGGGGAAGAUUCCAGUGUCGCGUUACAUCCUGUUACGUCACAAUCUCUUGUUUUAUUAGUUGUUUAAAAUAUGUCGUUAGCUGACGAACUUUUGGCUGAUCUCGAAGGAGCUGAAACAUCUGAAGAAUUAAUAACUGACUCAAAUUUACACGAACUAGAGGAUGUUACUAUGUUAAGUGUAACCAAAUCAGACGAUUUUCAGUCCAAUGGAUCAGCUUCAGGAUUUAAAAAUAUAUUUAAAACCGCUUCUUCUUUUGCUGAUGCUCCGAUAACGGCUUAUGCCAAGUUAAGAAAUAGUGAUAGAUUAACCAAUGUUAUGGCGGAUCUUGAUCGUUUUGCGAAACAAAAGAAACGUGAUCGAAUUCAUGGUCCUGUUGAAGCUGAUCCAGAAUAUCAAUGUAUUGUCGAAGCUAAUAAUCUUAUGGUGGAAAUUGACAAUGAAAUUAAUAUUAUUCAUAAAUAUGUUAGAGAUCUAUAUUCAAUGCGAUUCCCUGAACUUGAAUCUCUCGUACCAGGUCUUCUGGAUUAUUUGAAAAUUGUACUGGUUUUAGGAAAUGAUAUACUUGAACGUUCCAAACAAACAGAUCUACUUGCUUCUUUUCUAACUCCAGCGACAAUUAUGGUUGUAUCAGUCACUGCAUCAACCACUCAAGGGUCAUCUUUAACAUCAGAUCAAUUAUCACGUAUUAUUGAAGCAUGUACUAUGGCAAUUGAAUUACAAGAAAUGCGUGUUACAAUGUUAGCUUAUGUAGAAUCACGCAUGUCAUUUAUCGCUGCAAAUACUAGCAUUCUAGUAGGUGCAUCAACAGCAGCGAAAUUAAUGGGUCAUGCUGGUGGUCUAACUGCACUUACUAAAAUGCCAUCGUGUAAUAUACUUGUGCUGGGUGCACAAAAGCGUCUAUUGUCCGGAUUUAGUAAUACAUCAGUUCUACCACAUACAGGUUACAUUUUCAAUUCAGAAAUUGUGCAAAAAUUACCUCCAGAUUUACGGCUUAAAGCUGCUCGAUUGAUAGCGAAUAAAGUGGCGUUGGCAGCACGAGUAGAUUUAUUUCAUGAAUCUCCUGAUGGACAUGUUGGUGAAAAACUUUUAUUAGAAAUUGAACGAAAAUUUGAUAAAUGGCAAGAACCACCUCCAGUAAAAACAAUUAAAGCUUUACCAGCUCCAAUCGAUCCACCUGCUAAAAAACGAGGUGGUCGACGUUAUCGAAAAAUGAAGGAACGUUUAGGUAUGAGUGAAUUAAGACGAUCAGCGAAUCGAAUACAAUUUGGUGAAAUCACUGAUGAUGCUUAUCAAAGUGAUUUAGGCUUUUCAUUAGGAUCACUUGGUCAACGUGGUAUAGCAGGACGUUUACGUGCUCCUCAGGCUGAUUCAAAAACAAAAGCUCGUGUAAGCAAAGCAUUACAACAGAAAUUAUCCAAAUUUGGUGGUAUGUCCACUAUGCCCACUACUGCAUUGGGUGCUGCAAGUUGGGGUGGGAAUUCUACUGUACGUAAACAUGUCGCUGGUACUUCAUCAUCGAUUGCAUUCACUCCACUACAGGGUCUUGAAAUUGUCAAUCCACAAGCUGCAGAAAAACCAAUGGAAGUUGGUAAUAAAUAUUUCAGUAGUACUUGUGGUUUUACAAAAAUUCAACCGAAAAUGAAAAAUGGAGUAUAAAUCAAGUUGGAAAAGUAGAUAAAUAUACAAAAAAAAUAAUGGUUGAUUGCCAAUAUGUAAAUUAACAAAUGGUAAUUAAUGUACAUUUUUUAGAUGAAAUCAGACAUUUAAUGAAUGUUUCAUCUUUCAUAAUCUGAAUACAUUGUCCAUGUAUUUAUCACUAAAGAAAAAUUGUAUAUUUUGACUCAUGUAAUAUAAAAGUCCAUACAUAAAAGUCUUUCAGUAA